AUGCCUCACAAUACCUAUUGUAUCCACGUGGAUGUAAAAUCGUCAGAUACUUUUCGCAAUGCAAUGAAGGCUAUGACUGAUUGCUUAGAUAAUGUCUUCUUUACCAGUAAACGAGUUGAUCUCGUAUGGGCCCAUGUUAGUACACUUUACGCUCAGCGCAACUGUUUAAGAGAGCUAAUGGAGAGCCCAGUUAAGUGGAAAUAUUUUAUGCACAUUUCAGGGCAGGAAUUACCCCUUUAUACAAAUGCUGAAAUUGUUCAUGCAUUGGCAAUGCUGAAUGGGUUUAACAACAUCGAAAGCUUUGCUAUUCCGCCAAACAACUGGGGCCGAAUGCAGUAUUCUCAUGAGUUAAUGAAAGUGAAAGGCCGAGAAUUUCAUAGAAGCUACAUAAUGAUAAGAACAGAGGUGACCAAACAGCCACCACCUUGGAGUAUUAACCUUCAAAAAGGCUCCAACUUUGUCGCCAUUACAAGAGAAGCAGCUAACUACAUUCUACACAACCAGGUGGCGAUAGACUUUUUAGACUGGCUAAAUGACACUGCUAAACCUGAUGAGACAUUCUAUUCAUCUCUCCAACAACAUCCGGGAUUCCCAGGUGGUAUCCAUGGUGAUCAGCCUGAGUGGAUUCUGCGUGCAGUGAGUUGGCAGAUGGAGAACACGUGUUAUGGCAGGUGGAUCCGGGGUGUGUGUUGGGUCACAAUGCGUGAUCUAAUCUGGAUUCUGGGUUCAACUAUGCGGCAGAAGCUUUUCGUAACAAAGAUUCCGUUUGAGUAUCGAGAUGAUCUCCUCAAGUGUUUGUCCAUAGCGAGAAGGACAAGGAAAUAUGGCCAGGAUGUAUUCCGUGUUUCUGGAGUGUUAUAA